CGUCUGCUCUCCCCUCCUGCCUCAGGCUGUGGCUAUCCUUCCACCCAAAUCUCCUCCCGCGUUGUCAAUGGCCAGGACGCGGUCCCCUACAGCUGGCCCUGGCAGGUAUCCCUGCAGUAUAAGAGUAAUGGAGCCUUCUACCACACCUGUGGUGGCAGCCUUAUCACCGCUGACUGGGUCGUAACUGCGGGCCACUGCAUCUCGAGCUCCCGGACCUACCAGGUGGUGUUGGGCGAGUAUGACCGGGCUGUGGAGGAGGGCCCCGAACAGGUGAUCCCCAUCAACGCUGGAGACCUCUUCGUGCACCCACUUUGGAACUCCAGCUGUGUGGCCUGUGGCAAUGACAUCGCCCUCAUCAAGCUCUCGAGCAGCGCCCAGCUAGGAGAUGAGGUCCAGCUGGCCUCUCUCCCUCCUGCCGGCGACAUCCUGCCCAAUGAGGCGCCCUGCUACAUCAGCGGCUGGGGCCGUCUCUAUACUGGAGGGCCACUCCCGACCAAGCUGCAGGAGGCCCUGCUGCCUGUGGUGGACUAUGAGCACUGCUCCCAGUCGGACUGGUGGGGCAGCAGUGUGAAGACCACCAUGGUGUGUGCCGGCGGGGACACCCGCGCUGGGUGCAACGGUGACUCUGGAGGACCCCUCAAUUGCCCUGCAGCAGAUGGCUCCUGGCAGGUCCAUGGUGUGACCAGCUUCGUGUCUUCCCGCGGCUGCAACACUCUCCGGAAGCCCACAGUCUUCACGCGUGUCUCCGCCUUCAUCGGCUGGAUCGAGGAGGUGAGCGGAAGGCGAGCCGGGAGGGCUCCGGCGCUGGCUCCUCCGAGAGGUGCUGGGGGGAGGGGUGAGAACAGCUGA